AUGACUUCCCGGAAGGAUCUCCGCAUAGCUGUUGUUGGCGGAGGUAUGGUUGGCGUUGCUUGCGCAGUGAAGCUGCAACGUGCGGGCCUGAAAGUUGACCUCUUUGAAGCCGCGUCGAGGUUCGGUGAACUUGGUGCUGGCGUGGGUUUCGGACCAAAUGCUUUGCGUGCCCUCAAGGGCUUGGGCCUUUAUGACGCUAUGCUGGCGAGAAUUGGAGAGGAACCCAACAUGGAACCUUUCCAGUUUGUUUCAGAACGGGAAGGCCACGAGAUGAUAUACGACGUAACUGAAUGUCGUAGACCUGUCUUUCUUGAAGCAGUCACCAGUCUCCUUGAUGCGGAACGAGUACAUUUCAAUAGGCGACUGAAGUCUAUAUCUCAGUCACUAAAGUUAGGACAUACAACAUCGACGCUCCAUUUCCUCGACGGAUCAACUUUCGAAGUGGAUGCUGUCCUUGGGGCCGAUGGGAUUCGGAGCACUACUAGGGCUGUAAUCGCCGGGCACUUAACUCGACCUGCUUGGACGAACACAGUAGCUUAUCGCGCGCUUAUUCCGAGCGAAGCCAUACGAGAGGCUAAUCUCAAGACUAAUCUGUUCACCAGAAAGCCUACGAAUAUGCUGGGCGAUAAUAGGCACAUGAUAAUCUUUCCAAUUGACAACGGGACGAUAGUCAACGUCGUCAUCUUCUGCACUGAUCGUUCGAGGCCUGCUGGAUCUAUUGAAGUCCCGCUUCGGCAAUGGGUUGUCCCUGUUGAGAAGCAAGAGAUUGUCGAUGCCUUUCAAGGUAGCGGAUCUGACGUCCAAAAGAUCAUCUCGUUGGUCCAAGAUCCCAAGAAAUGGUCCAUCCAUGCUCUGGAACCUACGUUGUCGACUUACGUUCGUGACAAUAUCGCUCUGGUCGGAGACGCCGCACAUGGCAUGUGUCCACAUUUGGGGUCUGGUGUAGGGCAAGGCUUCGAAGACGCACUUGCAAUUUGUGAACUUCUGACUGACCCUCGUACCAACCUUUCCAACGUGCCGGAUGUUUUCAAAGCAUACGACGAGAUCAGGCGUCCCCGAGCUAACAAAGUUCUAAGGGCCAGUGCUGCGGCUGGUGAUUUGUACGAGAUUUGGAGAGAGGGUGCCCCUGUACAUGAACUGGAACCACGGCUUCAUGACCUGUGGGGAUGGGUUUGGUACCAUGACCUUCGGGAGGAUAUCGCGUCUGCGCAACAAAGUCUCGAAAACAAAGGGGUUUGGCCGGUAACUGCAAGAAUGUGA